AAUAAUUUGAGGAUGUCACUUUUCAAGAUCGCCAAGACCUCCCAGCCACUCCUCUCGAGAUGCAUGUCCAUGUUGGUCAACGAUCCUAGCUACUCUUGGCUGGCAGAUAUCGGCAUCAAAGAAGUAAAUGAGGGUGUUUACAAUGGCUCCUGGGGUGGUAAUGGGAAUAUUGUAACUUCAGUUUCACCCAUUAACGAGCAGCCCAUCGCUCAGGUUAUUGAGGGAACAACUGAAGACUACGAAGAAGUUGUAAGAGCUUCAAAAGAAGCUUCAAAGCAGUGGGCCAUGACUCCAGCCCCUGUCCGAGGAGAGUUUAUCAGACAAGUAGGAGAACACUUGAGAGACAAGCUAGAGCCUCUUGGUAAGCUGGUAUCCCUGGAGAUGGGCAAGAUCCUCCCUGAGGGUAUUGGUGAGGUUCAGGAAGCGGUGGACAUUGCUGAUUACGCUACUGGGCUUUCUAGGAUGCUCAACGGAAAAGUUAUACCAUCUGAGAGGCCAGGACACAUGAUGUUGGAGAACUGGCACCCUCUCGGAGUUAUCGGAGUGAUAACAGCCUUCAACUUCCCGGUGGCUCCCUACUUCUGGAACUUUACUAUAGCUAGCAUCUGUGGUAACGCUUGUUUGUGGAAGGGGGCCCCAAGUACUCCACUGACUGGUGUUGCUUGUACCAGAUUGAUAGCGGAUGUGUUGGAAGCUAACAAUCUCCCCGGUGGUUUGAGUGGUCUUGUUACUGGCGGAGCUGAUGUGGGUUCUGCAAUGGUGGAUGAUCCUCGUGUGAACCUUCUCUCUUUUACUGGUAGUUGUCAUAUUGGUAAACAAGUCGGAUCUAAAGUCCAAGAGAGAAUGGGUAAGCUGAUUCUAGAGUUGGGAGGUAAUAACGCUAUCUCCGUGAUGGAAGAUGCAGAUCUCAGUAUGUUGGUACCUGCUGUGUGUUUUGCUAGUGUUGGAACUGCUGGACAGAGGUGUACUACUACCAGACGUCUUAUAGUACACAAGUCACUUAUAGAUGAAGUGGUUAAGAGACUAAAGUCAGCGUACAAGCAAGUGAAGAUAGGUAAUCCUCUAGAGAAGGGUAUUCUGUGUGGACCUCUUCACACUACAGCAGCUUUGGAGGCUUACAAGGAGGCGAUCAGCGAGGCCACUGCUCUGGGUGGUACUAUAGAAGUGGGAGGUAAUGUUCUAGAAGGAAGGUACGUGGAACCAACAAUAGUAACAGGGCUCCCACACAACUCUGACCUCGUUAUGAGGGAAACAUUCGCUCCUAUCCUCUACGUAGUGCCAUGUGAUGGUUUUGAGGAUGCGGUUGCGAUCAACAAUGAAGUUUCACAAGGUCUCUCAUCUUCCAUCUUUACCAAGAACCCGGAGUAUAUCUUCAGGUGGGUAGGUGCCGGAGGAGCUGACAGUGGUAUUUGUAAUGUAAACAUUCCAACUAACGGAGCGGAGAUAGGAGGAGCGUUUGGAGGGGAGAAGGAGACUGGAGGAGGCCGGGAGAGUGGCAGUGAUGCUUGGAAACAGUACUGUCGGCGUGCUACCUGUACCAUCAACUACUCCAAAGAUCUACCUUUGGCACAAGGCAUUGACUUCAGCUGAAGAAAUAACUAGCUUUUAACCCAUUAGUUGGAUAUCAUUAAUAUUUCAUUAUAACUUAACAACUUGGGUCAGAACUAACAUUUUCUCAAUACUUUUAAUCAGACAUAAUAGACUGCAGAAAAUGUAAAAAGAGUUUUGCUUAGGAAAUAUUUAGAAUUAUUGUAAAGUAUUCUCUUUUUAGCUUUAUUCUGAAAGCAGGGUAGCUAUUUUACAGGGUGACCCUUAUUAUUAGUAGUUGUUCUAUUGGAUUUUUGCAUGGUAAGUUGUUUUCGUUUUAUAUGUAUUUAUAAUGUACUGCUUUUGUUAUAUAUAUAAUAUAGAACUAAUUUAUUAAUUAGAGAUUUAUUAAG